GCUCUGCUCUGGAGCAUGAGCUCCUAUCGUCUGCUGCGGAAACUCGAAGGCCACCAAGGCUGCGUGGCGUCUUGUGACUUUUCUCCAGAUUCCGCUCUGCUUGCCACUGCCUCCUACGACACCUGCGUGAUCCUCUGGGAUCCCUGCACGGGGGAGAAACUAAGAUCCCUUUGGCUCCUCCGGAUCUGGGCAUUAGAGCUUGAGAAUCCUGUUGCUUUUGCUCCUGUGAAGAACGGUCUCUGCUGCACUUAUUUUCCACACGGUGGGAUCAUCGCAACGGGGACCAGAGAUGGCCACGCCCAAUUUUGGACAGCACCUCAAGCUCUGUCUUCUCUAAAGCACUUGUGCCGGAAAGUUCUCCGCGGCUGCUUCACCAGCUACCAAGUCCAGGCGCUGAGCAUCCCCAAGAAGAUGAAGGAAUUCCUCACCUACAGGACUUUAUGACACCGGCCCAAAGGAGGCGCUGCUGUGACUGAUCCGUUUCUCGCUUUGCGCUGUGUUGCACACCAAGACAAGACAAAACUCUUUGGGAUGCCAAGCAAGGAAGCAACCUCAUUUCCUAGCUGAGAAAAUGACCCCAAGGAUGCUGUUGGCAAAUUCUCUUUUUCUGAACUAGCCGCAUGGAAGAAAUCUUUUGCCAUAAUUAAAAUUGGCCAGUUACCACCACCACUACCACCACCCCAGGCAUUCUGGGAUGUGGGUCAAACACCCACAGCUGCCCCUCGGACAUUUUUUUUAACAAAAAACCAACUCAGGAUACAGAACUAAACAAUGAUAAAGAGUAUCAUUAUUGAAUCAGCUAGCGGCAACUUUUUUGGUCAUUCCGGAGUGAUUUUGGCUCCUGUUUAUCCACUGUCUAGGAAAAAAAAUCAGGUUUGGAUCUUCUCCAUGAAUGCAAAUGUGGAAUUGGAAAUCUUUCCUGCAACAAUGGGCCAUUGGAUGAAGCUUAUGCCGUUUACAGGGAGAUGGGAAAUCAAAGCUGUGCUUUAUUAUUAUUUUUUGCCUGGCUUGAACGGGGAAACGCUUUGUCAGUAAAAUAAGCAAAGAGGUACAUAUCAAGAUUAAUGAUCUCAGAGCAGUUUGGGGUCCCCCCCGUUCCCCCCCCCUGAAGAUCAGAGAGCAAAACGACCAAUGAUGGAUAAGCAACGAGAAGUUUCUUGUGUUUGGAACAGAAACACAAAACCGAACAAAAGUGUGGUGAUAUUUCGGAGGACUAAGGAAUUCCCUAAGUGAGGGAAUACGUGCAAAUUGCACCAUGAAAGAGUUUAAUAAGCGGACGUCUUGUGAAAUUGGGAGACAGGAUGAGAAGAAUCUUACGGCCGAUAGAAAUCAAAGAGAGUUUAUUCUGCUCAGAUGGUUGUAAAUUAUCAUGGUCGGAGCCUGAUGGGGGAUCUGAAUUAUCUACCAGAUGUUGGGCAAGAGGAUCGUGUCCUGCUUAUUAUAAGGAACUUCCUAAAUCUAAAUCUAGGAAUUUCCUUAUAAGAGUUGUCAGCCAGUGGAAUAGUGGGGUGGGGGGGACGGGACAGCUGCUC